AUGGCAGCUACAGUUGACCCAGCUACGCGGAAGCGAGUCCUGCGAGGAAUCGCUCUCUCGCUGCUCCUGGACUUGAUCUCCUUCACAUUCUACCGUGACAGCGAAGCUCCCGCCCUCCUCACGCCCUCCUCAAUGGCGGCCCGCCGACCCUACUGCAGCGAGAUUUCGAGAUAUUCUUUCUCAUGA